GACUUUCCUCCUGUCACAGCGCACAAUGUUAAAUGGGAAGUUCUGUCAAUCAAAUUACAAAAGAGCGAGAGAGGAAGUGAAACUCGUUUGUGCAGGCAGACUAAGCAGAUUCUGCUUGAAAUGAGCCAGUUUGAAUUUUGACCUCGAGGGCACACAACAGAAGCCAUUUCACUUUCAGUCUACAACAUGAAGCUGGUGAAAUGUGUUUUAAUUGUCCAACUGUGCUGUCUUUGUCAGGCUUUGCAGAACUCAUCUGCUACGACAGGCCCGACUGAUGUCCCAGUGAGAGCAAAGGAGCAGGAAGAGUUCAGAAGUGACCCUUACGUUGACAGACCUGCUGGUAAAUGUAGCUUCACGCUGAGGAUGCCCGGAAACAGGAGCCAUGAGGCGGUGAUGUUACCAUCAAACUCUACAGAUGUGCUGGUUAAAGACAUCUGUCAGGAUCUGGACUGUGGCAGCGUCUAUCAAGUGAAUGAAACCCAGUCACCUUCCAAUGUCAGCUGCUUCCACGACUGUGUGUACCAGGAUGGUCGUUUGCAGAACUGUUCAGAGCGCAUGGGAAGUGAAUGCACAGCGAUUGUUGUAGCUGUUUGUGGCCACCAGCCUGCUCGGCUGGCCGGAGGACCAGACCGCUGUGCUGGACGGGUGGAGGUGUGGAGGAAUGGCAUGUGGGGCACAGUGUGUGACGACCAGUGGGACCUGCGGGAUGCCGACGUGGUGUGCGCCCAGCUCGGCUGUGGAUACGCGCUCAGUGUGGCGGGACAGGGUGGCUCCUUCCCCCCGGGCAGAGGACCCGUCCACCUGGACGAGCUGAACUGCACGGGCAAAGAGGACAACCUGUGGGCCUGUCCUGCCGCACAGGACGAUUCCGACUGCGGGCACAAGGAGGAUGCUGGUGUCGUAUGCUCAGAGAUGAAAGCGAUCAGACUGACCGGAGGUGUGGACCGCUGCUCCGGUAAGGUGGAGAUCCAUCGGAACGGCAGCUGGGGGACGGUGUGUGAUAACUGCUGGAAUAAAGACAUGGCCUCCACUGUGUGCUCCAUGCUGCAGUGUGGCACCGAAGUGGAGAAAUUCUCCCAAUUUCUCCCUCCUCUGGUGCACAACAACGGCACACUGUGGUACUAUUACUGCGCUUCAAACAAGCAGAGUCUCUGGCAGUGCAAGGAGAUCGCCAACAAAUCACACCUGUGCAAGGACUCAAAAGCAUCUGGUGUAAUCUGUAAAGGUUCGCUCGGGUUUCCCACACCCAGCACAGCCGCCACAAACACAGUGACCAUGUGGAGGACCGAAGGCGCAGCCACGCUGGGCCCUGAUGUGGGCUUCUCCUUACCGUCUCCAGAGCUCCUCAGCACCAUCUCGCUGUCUGUGCUGCUCCUCGUGAUUCUCAUCACCAACACGGUGCUCUGCUGCCAUUACAGAAGAAGACACGAGCUGCUGCUCCAGCAGACGCGCAGAGGCAGACACCCGCCCUCUGAGAAUCACUCCAACAGCUACCAGGACGCUGUCAACCUCAUCAAGGUCACCGCCAACCCGCCUCAGACAGAUGCCCCCUCCAACCCCAGGUAUCUUUGGACCCAGCUUAGUAGUGUUGACAGCACAUCAGUAGAUACAGACUAUGAGCAGUAUGAGCCAAGCAAUGACCCGUCUGUCCCUUUAUCAACCUUUCGGAAUUCUCAGAGGUACAGAACAGACGUGAACCCUGUGACGAAGCCCUCAGGCCUCGACAGCCUUGUUGAGGAAGGCACUGAACCCAAUGAAGAAGUGAUGGGAGCCUUCAUGGGGUAUAACAACGACUCUCCAGAUGCUCCAUAUGCCAGAGUGUCAAAGAUCUCUGUGGACUCAUUUGAAAGCUCCAGUACCUCCUCUGGGGAGUGCUACGAGAACACAAACGGCUAUGCCAAGGUCGCUUCUGAGCCAGGAAUGAGCCAGUCAACUGCUGUCAGUGAAACUCCUUACCCUGUAAGUAGUAAUCAGUGUUACUCGGGAAACACUGCAAACAAUUCAGGUAAAUGUCACCAAACAGAAGAACAGAUGUUACACAAAAUAAGAUCCGUAACAGCCGCUGAUGUUUGUCACUGUCCGAUCAACAGGUGACGACGACGACGCCCCCAUCUACUCCCCUGUGAGCCCCGAUCCAAACAUGUCAUCUGAGGAUGACUACGAUGACGUCGAGUAGUAUUCAGUGAUACUGGACAGAGGAGGAAACUUCAGCUCACAGAGACAAAGAGUUUGGGACUCAAGUGGCCGAUACAACAGUUACCUGUGAUUUAGACAUCUAAAAAUGUUCUUUUGAGGACCUGAAACUUCCCAAACUUCCGUUUCCUGUGAAUUGCGAUGAGUUCAGUGUACUGUUCUUUUAUUGAAACUUGAAAUGCAGAACUUAUAAAGGGACAGUUCAACAAAAAUUGUGGACUUUUUUCCCUGAUACUGCUAGUCCUGUUUUGCCCUCUAGAGAUAUUUGGUGUGGGUUUCCCAGUUCAGGAGAUAUCGGCUGUAAAGAUGUAAGUGGGUCAUGAUUUCUGGAAAGAAACAUUGUUGUUGAGUUUUUCAAAUAUAAUUUGUUGGCACUUUGAGCACCACAAGGGAAGUGCCAUCUAGUUCCAUUAUGUUCAAGUGGAGGCAGACAUCUCUACAACUGAUACCUCCAGAACUGUGCAACGCACACCAAAACCAUGUAGAAGGAUAAACAGCACAACAGGUAAGAGGACUCUUUUUAAUGUUGCAUUUAAUGAUGCUCAGAUAUCUGACAUGUCAGGUCAGGCCUUGCUUUUUGUCUGCACUGCCAUGCGAAAAACAUGAUGAAAUUAUCACUUGGAUGGAUCAGUAAAUAUCAAUAUCUAAAGCCGGUGUGAAGGUAUGAAAUCAAACUUAGAAGUGUGUUCUGUGAAUGUAGCAGAAACAACUAAGACGUAUGUAUGAUGUAUUUAAUAUGUUUGCGUAGAAGUUUUUGUUGUAACCAGUAUAUAUUGUGAAUAAUGUGCUAAUCUGUACAAUAAAACUACUGAAUUUCUAA